UAUAAUUUCAGCGUGUCUGGACUCGGUAAUUGAGAAUAUUAAAAGAAAGGGCACGACCUUUCACAUCCAUUCUCCUCCUCGUAUCCUAGAGAUAGCGUCACCUCUGAUUAUGGCAGCAAAUAGCAGAGCAUUCCGAGUUUUCUUGUUACAUAUAGCAGAAGAUAUAACUGAGGACGAACUGGAUAAAUUAAAAUUUUUGUGCCAGGAAGAUUUGCCCAGGGGGACGCUUGAAUCUGUCAAGACACCGCGUGCGUUUUUCGAGUUGCUGUGCGAAAGAGGUAAAAUUUGCUUGGGAAAUGUUACCUAUUUGGAAAACCUGCUGGAGAAUGCAGGCAACAAGCAACUCGCUAACAAGGUGAAAGCCGGGCAAGAACCAGAACGGCGGGCGACCACUCUACCUUGCCAAACUAAAAGCUUCUUUGGCAGAGUUGCUGUCGUGAAUGAAAUCAAAGCGAAACUGGUGACAGGGUCAUCCCACGUGGUCAUUCUUAUCGCUCUACCCGGAAUGGGGAAGACGGAAGUUGCAAUUCGUGUUGGCCAUUUGCUACAAAGUGAUAAUUGGCCUGUCUUGUUCAUUGAGAAACAAAAGAAUCUCUUGGAACUCUGCGAUGAAAUCCUCAACCAUCUAACAAGUCGCCGCUGGACAACAAGUGACGAUAUCGUCUACCAUGCCAAGCGGAAACUCUCGGAGCUAGAAGGCGACACAGUCAUCAUACUGGACGACACCGUAAGUGUACAGGGGCCUUCCUUUGAUGACUUUGUCAAAUUCUUGGUUUCUGCACCAAAGGUUCGAGUAAUUAUCACCACACAAGAGGAUAUAGGCUUUGUAUCAGCCGGCAACAUCCACAAGAUUCGUCUUGACCCUUUGGAUCUUGCGUCAUCCGCGAAAAUGCUGACACAGUUGGCACCAAACUCAAAGAACUACGCUGAGGAACUUGCAGACCUUUGUGGUGGGAUACCUUUGUUCCUCAACUACGCGAGCGCGUUGAUGAUCGACGGAUUCUGCCCGAGAGUUUUCACCCAAGAAUUGAGGAGAAAUCCAGCGAAAGUUCUCAAAGGAACCGAACCUCUGGAUACUUUUUAUCAGAACAUGGGUCGCUUUCUCCUGGGGAAGUUUUCCGAGGAAGUGUUGAAGAAUUUAGUCAAGCUCUCUGUGUUUCCGUCUUCGUUCUCUACGGAAGACAUUCGGUUCCUAUUUGAUGACGAAUUACAGCUGCAAAGCGUUAAGACGAAGCUAUUUCAGCGUGGUCUACUACAAAUGAUCAACGAUGAGCUCUUGACGAUCCAUCCUCUGGUACAGACUUACUGCAGGGAAGAAAGAGACUCCUUAAACUUGGUAGAUGUAGGUCAGGCCGCCGAACGCCAGUUUAAUCACCAUUACCUUGAGCUCCUCAGGGGUCUUCAUAAAACGUUCAUCACGAAAGAUUCCUCUUCAAAUGCCAUUAGUGGCUUUCGAAAAAAUAAAGCUAACAUCAUGGAAGCUUUAAAAAAUUGUCUGAAAGACACCGGCGAAGCACAGGAGAAAGAAUUUGCCAUAGAUGUUGCUAACGAAGUGGUGGAUUUCUUAGCGAAAGUUUUGUCACCACCGGUAGAGUGCACUAAACUGUACCAGAAGUGCUGCCAAAUCACCAAACAAUCUUCCGACGAUAAAAGGCUUGUAGACAGUCUAAAUUCGAGUGCCUUCCGCCGACUAGACGAUUUAGCUCACCGUAAGAGCGACAACACUACUCUUGAGAUGUUGCAGGAAGCUUACGAUAUCGGCAAGAGAUUGCCAGAGAAAGAACAGAAAAAUGAGAAGCGUGCACACGCAACCACCAAGCUUGGUUUGUGCAUUUUGCUUAAGGGAGAUGUUCAAAGAGGCCGGCAGUUGAUCCAUGAGGGAAUCGCUCUCAGACGAGAAUUAGGCGUUCCACUUUAUGUGGCUGCGGGAAACUGUGACCUUGGACAUUCGUACCGUCAUUGUAAGGAAUACGACAAAGCAGUGGAAAUCUGGAAAACAAAAACUCUGCCAAUUUACAAAGAGUUCCUUGGUGACCACCCGUGGACGGCCUCCAUCCUUCAGCAUAUCGCCUUCGCGUUCAUUGAACUUGCAAAAGAAAAUCCAACAACCUACGCUGACCAGGCCCAAAGGUACACCACAGAAGCUCUGCAAUUGCGAGAGAGGCUGUUGGGAGUACACCAAGACACCGCUCGAUCUCAUUUCCAUCUAAGCCUUGUUUAUAUCAUGCAGAAGAAACUGCGUCCGGCUUUGGAGGAGCUUGAUAAGGCGUUUGAAUUUCAGGAAGACGUUGUAGGCGUCCAACAGGACACAGUUGACACGCUGAACUUGAUGGCAGAUGUUCUGAGAAGAUUGGGACGCGAAGAAGAGGCUCAGAAGAUGACGGAGCGAGAGAAAGAUUAUCGCACGAGGCUGGAAAAAAGGACUUAGAGAGAUGCAGACUUGAGUGGCAAUGGAA